AUGUCUGCCUUCAACAAAGCCGCAUUGAUGACCUGCUCCAUGGCCAUGCGUUCCAUCGCCACCCGCCCCACUCUCGUCCGCUCAGCGUUCAAGACUUCAGGCGUCCGCUCCCUCGCUACCGUCGCCGACACCGUCUUCGCUGCCAACAAGGCUGCCCCCAAGACCCCCUCUGCCAGCACCUUCUCGGCCCCCUACCAGUUCGACUCCGAGGCCCCCAAGGCCGUCCCCGCUGCGAUCAAGCUCAAGUCCGGCCACGUCUUUACAGGAACCUCGUUCGGCGCCCCCAUCUCGUCCUUUGGUGAGGCCGUCUUUACAACUUCCCUUGUUGGAUACCCUGAGUCGAUGACCGACCCCUCGUACCGUGGUCAGAUCUUGGUCUUUACCCAGCCCUUGAUCGGAAACUAUGGUGUUCCCUCGCAGGAGAAGGAUCAGUUUGGCUUGCUCAAGUACUUUGAGUCGAACAAGAUCCAGUGCCAAGGAAUUGUCGUCAACGAUUACGCAACAAAGUACUCGCAUUGGACUGCCGUUGAGUCGCUUGGAGAGUGGUGUGCUCGCGAGGGCAUUCCUGCCAUCUCUGGAGUCGACACCCGUGCGAUCGUUCAUUUGCUCCGUGAUCAAGGAUCGACCUUGGCCAAGCUCGAGGUUGGAGAUGAGGUUUUGGAGAACAAGGAGGUCGUUGAGUUCCCUAACCCCAACGUCCGCAACCUCGUCUCCGAGGCCUCGACCAAGGAAGUCUAUGAGCUCAACCCCCUCGGAGAUGUCAAGAUUGCUUUGGUAGACUGCGGUGUCAAGGAGAACAUCCUCCGCUGCCUCGUCGCCCGCGGUGCUUCCGUCACCGUCUUCCCCUGGGACUAUGACUUCAACCAAGUCAUGGACCAGUACGACGGUCUCUUCAUCUCCAACGGCCCCGGUGACCCCCGCGCUGCCUCCAAGACGGUCCAGAAUCUGGCCACAGCCUUCAAGAACCCCGCCCCCAAGCCCAUCUUUGGAAUCUGCAUGGGCAACCAGCUGAUGGGCAUGGCUGCCGGAUUGGACGUCUACAAGCUCCAGUUCGGUAACCGUGGCCACAACCAGCCUGCCAUCAACAUGCAGAACGGUCGUUGCAGCAUCACCUCCCAGAACCACGGUUAUGCUCUUGAGGACUCCGUCUUGUCUACUCCCGGAUCGGUUGUCCAGGGAUGGGAGAAGUACUUUGUCAACGCCAACGAUGGCUCCAACGAGGGUAUCCGUCACUUGACCAAGCCCUUCUCGUCGGUCCAGUUCCACCCCGAGGCCAAGGGCGGUCCCCAGGAUACCGAGUACCUCUUUGAUGAUUUCCUGAGCUUGGCCCGUGCCGAGAAGCUCAAGCACUCCCAGAAGCCCUUCUUUGUCGCCGAGCCCCUCUCCGUCCCUAAGAAGGUCCCCGUCGAGGUCAUCGCCUAA